CAGGUUCAUAACAGAUCCGAGUACCUACAGCACGUGAUAUCCUCUCUGAGGAAGUCACGUGACAUCAGUACGGCCCUACUCAUCUUCAGCCACGAUCAUUACUCUGACGAAAUCAACGACAUCGUCCUCAGUGUCGAUUUUUGCCCGGUGAUGCAGAUCUACUACCCGUACUCCCAGCAGCUCUACAGCAAGGAGUUCCCCGGCGAGGACCCUAGGGACUGCCCCAGAGACGCCUCCAAAGAAAAAGCUGAGAGUCUGAAUUGUUUGAACAAAGAUACGCCAGACAAAUACGGACAUUAUAGAGAAGCUAAAUACACUCAGACGAAACAUCAUUGGUUCUGGAAGUUGAAUCACGUGUUCGACCAUCUCGAAGUGACCAAACUCUACGAAGGCCUGUACCUCUUCAUCGAGGAGGACCAUUAUUUAGUGGAAGACUUCAUACACAUAUUACGCUUGAUGGAUCGAUUGAGGUCAAGUUCAUGUACAGACUGCAACAUGAUGACACUAGGUACUUAUGAUAAGAAACCUAAAUACGAAGGCAUUCAUAAUCAGGUUGAUGUGAUGUCUUGGAUGUCCUCGAAGCAUAACAUGGGAAUGGCAUUCAAUAAGAAAACAUGGGUCGAAAUUAAGAAAUGUGGAACUGCCUUCUGUCAGAUGGACGACUACAAUUGGGACUGGUCCCUCCAUUUCGUCUCCCUAUCUUGCAUUCCUAGCAAGCUGAAGGUCAUGAUGAUGAAGGCGCCCAGAGUAUUUCAUAUCGGAGAAUGUGGUCUACACGCGAAGGGUAAGAAUUGCAACCCUUCCGAGAGGGUACAGUUCAUCGAGGGGCUGGUGGCGGCCAAUGAGAAGUAUCUCUACCCCAGAUACAUGACCAUCUCCGGGUAUCCAGCCCAAGUUAAGAAAGUUAGUCUCUUGCCUAAAUUGAAUGGUGGAUGGGGAGACACAAGAGACCAACACCUAUGCGCGAGUUUUAUGGAGGCCCAUUCGCAUAGUUAG